AUGUAAUUUUUUACACAUUUUAACACAAUAUUAUAUUGUUUAUCAUUUCUUGGUUUCAAUUAUACUGGAAAUACAAGUGGCCAGGAAGCAUAAAUAUUAUUUAUUAUUGCUUGGCCUUUUUGUCUUAAAUUGACUACAUUUUUUAAAGCAAGAUUGUUUUGUAAUUAAUUUAGGUUUCUAAAUUAAAAGUUCAUAUUUAUCCAUUAUUUCUUUACUCAUCAAUAAUAGUAAUAUAACUUAAAAUCUGUGUAUUUUAAAUAUUCUCUUUAAGAAACCUAGAGUUACAACCUUACGAAAACAGAACAAACUAAAUUGCCUAAUUAAUAAUUUCAAUUUUAAUUGUGCAAAUUAUUUGAUCAUGUUCCUGAAAAAUAACUACAUUUAUCUUUAUUGUUACUUUUAAAAGAAUAUUUUACAGCUUAUUAAUAUCAAUUAAGUAAACCUUCAAGAUAAUCUAUAAUUUCUCAUGCUAGAUCUAAAAUAUUGAAAUAAAUAGUUUUGAAUGAAUUAAGGAAUUAGAUGCUGACUAAUAAUUCAAUCUAAUUAAAUAAUAUCUUGAUUGAUAGCUUAAUCUCUGUUGAAACGUAGAGUAUUUAAUAUUCAGAAUAAUUAAUUCAUUGCUGUUAGAAAAAAGUUGACUUUCAUCAAAUAUGCUUGAGUAAUAGGAGAAAAAGUGACAUAUAAAAGUAAGCAAAUGAAAUAGUUGAAUUAUUUGAAAAUACAAUUUUCUAAAUUGAAGAUUCCUACAAAAAAUAUCCUUUAAUAAGAUACUAAAGAUGUCUGUCUUUUGGCUAUGCUGAAUUAUGCAACGACAUCUUGCUUGCAAUAAGAAUAAUGAAUUAAUCUUCAUUUCCAGAUGAAUUUAUAUAUAAUAAAAUCUUAACUUUAAACUCAGAUUUUUUAUCCUAUAAAUCAAUCUAUUUAAUCACUAACUUAGAGAAUUAAAACGUUAUUAAAGUAUCUUCGAAUUUUCAUGAAAAAAUUAAAGAUAAUAUUUAAAAUAUUAUGGAAAUUGUUCCUAAAGGUAUUUAAGAACAUCAUUAAGAAAUGGUUUAAUAAUUCAUAAAAACAGGAAAAUCUAAUUUUUUCUAAAAAGCCACUUAAACUAUUUAUUAGGAUAAUUUAAUAAUAAAACCUAUGAUUUUAAUGAAUGAUGUGAUUAUUUAAGAUAAUAGUUUUCACGCAAUAUCAAUUGGAACUCUUUUAGAUGAAGAAUAAAUAAUAUUAAUUAUUAAUGAUAAAUCUAAAGUAAGUAGCUUCAGUUAAGGAUUCUUGGAUUAAAUUAGUUUAGAAUUUAAAGAUUCUACCUACAUUCUAGGAGUUGAUAUAGAAUUAAUUAUUCCACAGUUUACGAAUAUUUCUCAGAUAUCAUAACCAUAAUAUAUUGAAAUUAAAUUACCAAACUUUUCCUUACUUUAAACUUAAUAAGUCUUUAAUAGUAAAGAAAGCAACAAAAAAUCUCAUCAUUUCAUCCAAAAAGAUAUCUGGUAGGAUAUGUCAAGAUUGAAUACAUUUAUAUCCUUAUGUAUAAUUGAAAAAUCUGCAUAUAAUUAUUAUAAGAUAAGAUUCAGUUAUAUAAAAUGUAUAAAUAAAACCAUAAUAUUUCCUAAUUCAAUGAGAACCCAAUAAAAACUAUCAAUCAAUUGUUUUGAAGAGGUCGAAGAAUAAGUAAACAUAGCUGUUCCAUAUGAUCAAAUAGAUUAAGAGUGUAAUUUCGGUUAAAAAUAAGAUAUGUUAAAUACUGUUAGAUAUGAAUAGACAUUGACUUUGAUAAAAUAUGAUGAUACAAAAACAGAUGGAAACAAAAAGAUAGUAUAAUCAACAUAGAAAUAUGAGGAAAACUCUAUUGAUAGAGAUAUGAAUUAAAUUGCAAAAAGUUCAACUUUUAAUAAUGGAAAAAUCAAAUAGAAUUAUGAAAUGAAAUUUUAUUAGAAAUAUUCUUUAUUCGAAAAAAUAAGACAUAAAAAUAACCUAGUUCAAACUGAAAAAAUGUUAAUAGUGGUGCUAACAUUACAUCAACUUUUAUUUUUUCUUUAAAUCUUAUUAACUUUUAUUGAUUGUAUAAAUUUACUAAAUUUCAACUUAAAUGAAUUAGAAUUAUUAAAAAUAAAAUAUGAUUUAUUCUAACCAGUUGAAACAUUUAUUGUUACUAGAUAUACAAUUAUCAAUUAUAAUAAUCAAUUUGCAGCAAAAUAACUCACCAAACCUUAAUUAGACUUUUAUUUAAAAUUUCCAAAUUCUAAUUUAAAUCUAGGAUUUGAUGAUGUAUAUUAAAAUUAAGAAGCUAUUCUUAAUAAAUUAGAAUUACAAUCAUUUCUAUCUGAAGUUUAUGAAAUUUAUAUUUAUGUAAAAACAGAUAUUGGUGAGUUGUACAAUAUAACUAUGAGAUAAGCCCUAAGCAUAUUAAUAAACUAUUAAUAUACAUUUAAAGCAGCAUAUGUCUAUGAUGGUAGAACAGUUACAGAUUCUCCUUAUAUUUUUUAUUCAUAUCGUAACUUACUAACUUUAUACAAUUCAUUUGAUUUAUUAAAUAAGAAUUUAUACUCUUAAGCAAUACUUAGAAUAUCAGAUGAUUUUGAAAAAGAACUAUUUUUAUUCUAUCCUUUUCUUAUUUAAUUCAUUCUUAUUUUUGGAAUUGAAUUGUAUUAUGAUUUAAAAAAUAAUAAGAUUUUAGGCAAAUUUGUUUAUUUAAUUCUCUAUAGUCAUUCAGUACUCAUUUUAUAAGAAAUAAGAAAAUUGACAUGUUAUAUUGAUUAUUACAUUAAUAAUCCUGAAAAAUUAUUUAAAUAUAAAUUUAAUAUUGAAGAAAAAGAAAAGGAAUUAUAAGAUACUUAAUAACUUAAUUAAGAAAUUAUUUAAUAAAAAAAAUNUAAUGAAUGA